AUGCCACGAGCUGCGGUCUCUGCAGCCGAAAAGUCAGCAGCCAAACAUUGCUUGGGCAGUUUGGGCUCAAGCUUACCAAGCUUGAGCCCAGAACUGCUUCCCUGUCAGGCCAGCUGUCGCAGCGCAUGUAACGUGCUGAGGCAUUGCACGCAUUCCGAUUUGGUAAUGCCCGGGGGAAGAGGGUCCGCGCAAGACACAGACUUGGAGUCAUAUGGCAGUGCGGUGGUGUCACGGAGGCUUGUGAAAGCAAAUGCAGUUUCUCCGACCACCUACGCUCUGGCCUGCAUUGCUGUCGUAUGUCAUGUGCUGCUUAUUGUAGUCAUUUCCUGGACUAGUUGCAGCUUCGCUCACUGGGAAGAUUUAGAUGAGCCUACCAGAGAGCCUAUCCAGUGGCGCAUCGUUACGAGCACUCAUGCUGAGUUGGGGCGGUGUUGGAGCCCAGCAUUGCUGAUGCAGAAGCUGGCAAGCGUGGAAGCACCGACGAUGGUGUCUCCCUUUUGUGAGAUGCGAGUGUCCACUCUCACGAUGAAUCGCCUUCGUAACUUCAUGUCGCUGAUGCUGGGGCCAAUGGUAACGAUCCAGACAGUCCUGCAUUGGUUUCAAGGGACUCACUUCCCGCUAACAGCGUCAAAGAGCUUUUACAUUGUGAGUACAGGCCGCGAACUGGACCCAAAAGUUCCGAAGGUAAACCUUGGCAUGAUAUUUUGUACGGCCGCAAUGGCCAUAUUCUUUUUCUACGGAGGAAUGUGGAAUAUUGCCCUCUUGUACAUGAGAACGCACGACUUGGAACCUGGAUUUGAAUUUCAGCAAUGUUUCGCUCAAUUGAUGGUGUGCUGCAUGUGCAUGAUGACAAAAUUGAAGCCGGCCAUCAUGUUUUUCGUUUCUUACCUCGUCUACCGCUGCAUUACAAUGUAUGUCAAUCCGUUGAUGCUUGCUUUCAUUCCUACAGUUCUGUUCUUAGUCGCCGCCGUGUCGCCCACAGGACGACGCGGGGCACCAGAAGGGCAGGAUCUGCUUCCAACGGUGAGAGGCAUCAUUCACGACUUUGCACUGUUUGCUUACGAGCAAACUUGA